AUGAGAGUAGGCAAGGGCUGUGGAAGGUGUCGUCAUCGACAUAUCCGAUGUGUGAUUCCCACUGGUGCAUCCACUUGCACUCCAUGUCUGCGACUUGGUCGGGCAUGUCAUCUCGAUCCCCGUUUCCAGUUCAAACCUGUCCACCACAUUUACCAAAAGAAUAAUGGUGCCACUGCCCGAUUCGAGUUAGAUUGGGAUAAAGAACAAGUUUGGGUGGACGUAUCACAGCCCGUGACAUUUGUCUUUGAGGCGAAUGAUGAAUCGGCUGGAGACGAACAUAGUGCUUUAGAACAACACGACAGUCUAGCACCAGAAUCGGUUGGAGACGAAAGUAGUUCUUUACAACAAUACACUCCAGCACCAGAGCGGGUAUCAAAUGGUAGCGGUGGAUGGACUCAAGGUCUUCACUCAGAGGACACAUAUCCGGCUCAAGCUCGCAGCCCAAUUUAUGAGAAUCGAUCUCGUCACGAGUCUACCAACAGUCCACUCAGCCUUUUGUCAGACAAUGGGUCUACACUGACACUAAGAGAGGCGUCACUGAUGCGCCACUUUAUCCAGAAAUUAGCACCCUGGGCCGAUGUAUGUGACAUCCAUUCGCAUUUCAGCACUGAAGUUCCAAGACGAGCAUUGGAGAAUAACAUGGUACUGCAAGCCAUCCUGGCUCUAUCUGCGCGACAUGAUGCAAUCUUGGCCAACGAUAGUGACUGGGAGGCCUCAGCUUAUCAUGGUCAAUGUUUGCAUUUAUUAAUUGCGGCGUUAGACCAAGCCGAGACAAAUUGUGACGAGAACAUGCUCAUUGCGGUCGUGAUUCUCCGUAUAUAUGAGGAGCUGGAAACAACCACUGACCAGCAGUUUCACCUGCUUGGGUCCAACCGUUUGGUGAAUCUUAUGGCCCGCUCCGCCUCCGCUGGCGGGGUGGCAGAGGCAGUAAGCUGGCAGUUCUUGCGACAAGCUAUAUAUGCAUCGGUGGUACAGUAUCAACCUUUACAACUCGACAUGCAAAAUUAUGAGCGCUCGUCAAUGUUUCACCGCCAAGACGACGGUGCUUGCGCUAAUAGAAUCAUCUAUCAUUGCGCCCGCAUCCUACAGGUAUGCUGCGACGCGCCUGGAAAUAUUGUGGAAGAGGAUACCUGGCGCCAAAUAUCAGACAGCGUGAACGAGUGGAAUCAAACCAAGUCCACAACCUGGCAACCUAUUCGGUACCAAGCAUCGAGUGUGGCUGCCGGUCGCCCUUUCCCUGAGGUAUGGAUGAUAUCCCCUCCUGCAGUCAUCGGAAUGCAGUAUUAUCACUCGGCGUGUAUCUUCCUCACUUUGUCUAAAUCUCCAUCGCACAAUAUGAGCGAUUAUGAAAGGGCCCGUUCAAGGCGUGUAAAGGAGAAAACGAUUGCCGACCAUCUUAUUAUGGUUAUUGGACUGUCACUGUCCAAUGAAAGCGUACAGAAUGCCUAUUUUAUGGCAUGCCAUUUAUUACAUCGCUUUGGCUACUGUCUUCAGAACGUAGUUGAGCAGGAAGGAUCAUUGAAAUUUUUGGCACGAGUAGAAAACAUGCUGGGGUGGCGCACUUCAUGGAUAAUGCGGGAGCUGGAGCAUCAAUGGACCGAGUUGGCUGCGUUUGACUCGAGGGACACGAUAUAG